AUGUACCGAUGGAGCAAGGACGACUUGCCACAGCCAGACGCGCCAAUAAGAACGAUCUUGCUCAGAUACUCGUAUUGCUCGCGUAUUCGCGGGAUGGUCGACUUGGAGUCUAGCGAAGAGAGACUUGUUUUCUUAAACAUGGAGAUUUAUAAAUCAAAAAUUAGCACGGCUGUGCUCAUGUAUUUUAUAAGUGUACUACUAGCUCUAUUUCUUAAGAACCGAAGAAUCGUGGGUCUGGGCGUAUCUUCCCGAUGGGUCCUCGUGGCAUCCCCACUCGGCCUUUGGCACCCAUCUCAUGACGGUGGAUGCGGCAGCCUUGGAUGGGAAAAGCUCGUCGAACUUGCAUCUGUAGAAGUAAGCUUCCUUGGUGGUUGGAACGUCGGUACCCCACUCUGGCUUUGGAUUAGCGAACUCCUCGUCAGAGACGCUCUUCUCGGCAAGCUCCUUCAAUCCGUCAAUCCAGGAGUAUCCCACACCGUCGGAGAACUGUUCCUUCUGUCUCCACAAGAUGUCGUCUGGCAAGUAUGGCUUGGCAGAUGGAUCGUCGCUGGUGUCAAAGGCCUUUCUCAAGAUGUACUUCUCGAUCUUACCGGCCUUCUGGUCGAUCAUCUUGUAUUUAGGAUCGAUGUUCAAGCACAAGCUCAGGAACUGCUUGUCAAGGAACGGCACACGGGCCUCCAAUCCCCAAGCCAUGGUCGACUUGUUGGCUCUAAGACAGUCGGCAUAGUGCAAGUUUCUGACACGCUUGAUACACUCGGAGUGGAACUCCUUUGGAGUAGGUGCUGCAGCAAAAUACAAGUAUCCUCCAAAGAUUUCGUCGGAACCUUCACCAGAAAGAACCAUCUUCACACCUUGAGCCUUGAUCUUUCUGGACAGCAAGUACAUUGGAGUCGAGGCACGGAUGGUCGUCACAUCGUAGGUCUCCAAGUUGUAGAUGACGUCGGAAAGAGCAUCAAAUCCUUCCUCAACAGUGAAAGUGUGCUCGUGGUGGAUGGUUCCAAUGUAUUUAGCAACCUUCUGGGCAGCAACCAAGUCUGGAGCUCCAGGAAGACCAAUGGCAUACGAGUGCAGUCUGGUCCAUCCAGAAAGAGCAAGGUGGCCCUGCUCGUCCACACCGGUCAAGGUGUGAGAAGCGUCGAUUCCUUCGGUUUGCGAAUCAGCCUCCUUGGCAGCCUUAUUAGUUUCCCGAGCAGCAAUCGAUGCAAUCAAGGACGAGUCCAGACCUCCAGAAAGCAAGACACCGUAUGGAACUUCGGCCAUCAGUCUCUUUCUCACAGCAAGCUCAAGAGUCUCUCUGAUCUUGGUGUAAUCAACAGGAGUGGUUGGAACCGACUCUGGGUCCCACCAGGACGGCGUGAAGUAUCUGGUGGUCUCGUCGGUCUUCGAGUCGUAGAUGUGUCCUGGAGGGAACAAGAUGAUCUCGUCACACUCGUCAGUCAGACAUUUGAGCUCGGAUGCAAAAAACACAGCACCCGGUCUCUGGGAAGAACGGCCCAUAUACAGCGUCGUGACACCAAUAGGGUCUCUGGCAGCAAUGAUACGGUCCUCCUGCUUGUCGUACAGCACGUAAGCAAACAUACCGUCCAAGUAUUUAGGAGAGUCCAAGCCGUACUUUUGGAAAAGUGGAAUGAUCGGCUCGCAAUCAGACAAAGUCUUGAACUUGUAGUCCUUCAACUCGUCUCUAAGCUGAAUGUGGUUGUAGAUCUCUCCGUUAACACUCAAAGUGUAUCUCUCGUCCGGGGAAGUGAUUGGUUGAGCACCGGCGUCAAGUCCAACAAUAGCCAAUCUCUCGUGGCACAAAAUGGUGUUGUUGAUCACCUUGUUUCCCGACCAGUCAGGACCACGGUGUCUGAUCCGCUUGGAGUACUGGAGGGCCUUGUCCUUGAAGGACCCUAUCUUCUCGACGUUGUACGCUGCAAAGAUACCACACAUGUUGAAGAUAAGUUUUUCAACGGUGAAAAUUUGGAUCCAUUUAGUCAUCGUCGUGCGCAACCCAAUUUGCCCAGAUUAGCAGCUACCAGGGCGGAUCGGGUAGCAAGCGAUGGGGGAAAUGUGGUGGGGGGUGUAGUUGGUCGUAACAUGCAGCUGGCUAUUGUGGCCAUGCUGCUUGUUGAUGGAGCCCAGCAGGUGUGA